AAAAAAGGUUUGCAAAUAACUUAUUUUGUGAUCGUGAAUUCGAAAUAUUUCAGUUAUUUCACUCGAUCAAGGAGAAAGCAAUGUUUCGGAAUCAGCUCAGCAGUGAAACUACGCUUCAAAAACGGGUUAGCCACAGUCAGUUUUUAUAGAGAUUUAUUAUAAAUUUAUAUGUAACUUAUUUAUAUGAAAAUUAUAAUUUGAGAAAAAAAGACAAAAAAACUAUGAGGUUUUUGAAAAAGAUACGAGUUUUUUUCACCAGUUUCAUGAAUUCCAAGAGUCAAAAACUUCAAGCACAAAAUAUUUUUUUUAAAAGGUUUUUUUACAUCAACUGAGAGAGAAUAAAAAUGUACAAGAAAAUGAAGCGCGAACUUAAAACUGGAAAUAAAAAAUGAAAACUCUAGUUUCUCUUUUUCCUCCCUUUUUAAUGCUUUAGUGAAAAUAUAUAUUUUCACUAAAGCAUUAAAAAGAGAGGCUUUCAAAAAUCACUGAAAAUUUGCGACACGUGUCAUGAACAUGCCAUUGUCUUUUUUUCCGGUCGAUGGUUCACAACUUUAACGAGUGUCGGAAUGAAUAAAUAACAAAAAAAUACAAAAAAAGAGGCUCGACACUUUUUUUGAAGCUAAAUAUUUCCAAAUUGAAGUUUUUUUCAAAUUUUUUUAACAAAAAAAUUUUGAAGAGAAAAAAAUUAUAAACCUUACAAGGAUUUCCAGAGAGUAAGUAUUACCAGAAGGGUGUGAAAUAUAUUUCUGAGCCUUGAAUCUAGUCGUGAUUUUUGAUAAGUCGAUACAUUAUAUUUAUUAACUUCACGGUUUUUUCCUUUCUACAUUAGAACUUUUCGGUUCUUUAUCAUAGGAGAUCGGAAAUCAAUAUUUCAUAUUUUCUGUUUUUAAAAAAAGCAAGCUAAUAGUUCUAAAAAAAUAAAGUUUCUGAGAGAUAUAGGUAUUUUUGAAUACACUGCGCCGAAGUAACCUACGUCCUCUAACAGUUGUCCAAAACAGUACUUUUGAAAGACAUCUCUUUUGCCCUAUUUAGAGCUAGACGGCUAAAAAAGAUUCUUUAGUGAUCGUCAGGCUCAAGGAUGUGUUGGGAAUGUUCUGCAUGAGUAAAUGGAUGAGUAAUUCUGCUCCAAACGAUUUGCUCAAAGUAUUACCUUCCCCCAACCAUGGGAAAAAGAUGACAGCUGCAAACUCAAGCGGGGAACCGAAUAUUUCAUGAAAUGCCACUCCAGUACAUCUUCUUCGUUUUUAUAUUGUUGUUCUGGAGCUGUUAUUCACAUAUUUGGCGAUGGGAAAAAUAUCCCGUAAAAAUACAAUUUCGCCUUCAACACAUCAAACAAAUACAAAAAAGACUAACCGACGAUGAAGAACAUGGAUCUUUGUUUCCGGAGCUCCGGUUCCAUUGUCUCAGGAAUACAGUAGGAAGAUUAGAUGAUUUUUUAUCUUCGCGGUGGGCCACUUUGUUUUCCUUUUUUUUUCGAAGCGGAAUGGCCGUUUUUUCAAGUCGCCGCACUAAAAGAAAGGUCGUAAUGUGUUGAAAAAGCGACGACUGGUGCCAGAACAGCCGUUCUUCUGACCUGCCUCCAACCGAUUUUCCCUCUCUUUUAUCACUGGCUCAAUCAGUUGAGCUCGACGUCAGGCAGGGGUUUUCAUUUGAUGGGCAGCUAACUAUAGGAAACGUAUCUCUUGAGUUUUAAAAAUUUGGGUGUCUGAGAAGCGAGGACUUUCAGAUUCUUUAUGCUUUGGAAUCAGUGGAUUUUAUUGCUACCUGAAACCAAUUUUGAAAGUUCAAAUCUUCAGAAGUUUUCCACAAACUUCACGCAUUCUAUUUUCAGGGAAUUAAAAUAUGAGUUGAAUUUUAUAACUGUGGGACAAAUAACAGAAUAUUGCUCAAUUUUACGAUCCAGAGAAGUCUCGAAGUUUGGAAACUAGGUUUAAUUAUAAAAAACGAUAAACGUGUUAAAUUACGUAUUAGGGUUAAAAUUUGAAUUUACGAUUCAACUCUCUCGAUUCCCCCAAGAAUGUGAUUCUCAUUUCAUUUGAUUUUUUUUUUGAUUCAAAAUACAAACGAAAAUAUCAGAACUGCGACGAUUAAACGGUAUUAGGUUUCCUUUAGAAAAAACUGCCAAUUGUUCAUUUGAGUUUAAUAUUGAAAAUAUAUCACAAAUAUUUUCUAUUAUAGUGACCCUUUGAGCCUCUCCUCCUAACGCUCAAAAAAUGCAAUAAAUCAAGUCGAAUGUUGCGAUUCAAUGACACGCUCUGUUGUAACUUGCGAGAAAACUCACAAGAAACGAGAAAAUGAACAGAUCAGGAAGUGGGGGUAGAGUUACAAGCUGCUUCCUACUCAAAAUAACUGACAGCCACAAAAACAAGUCCGGAAAUCAAGUAGAGAGCAUUUGAGGAGUCGUGACUCAGAUCAACUUCCAAAAAUAGAAGAAAAUCGGGCGAAGUCGGGGAAACAGGGAAAUCGUUGGAGGAAACCGGCGGGAUCAGCCGACGUCUUCCCGCAAAUCCUCAAUCUUUUGUUAAUUGUUGCGCAAUCGACCAAUUUUUUCACGGCGUUUGCGUUUAAUGUUCAACUUUGCAAUGAGGUUCUCGUUCAGUUUAGUGAGAAGGAGAAGAAAAAAUGGGAACAGAAUAACGUCUUGAAGUACCUAUUAAGUUGGAAAAUCGGUAAUUUUUGAUCAAUUCGAACUAUGAAUUUGAUUGAUUGAUUGUCGCUGUAUAUUUUCCGCUCUCUUUAAAUAGUAUAGCUUGUUUUACUAUUUUCUAAGUUUCUAUAUUCCCAUAUUUUUUGGGUAUCGCAGCUGAGAGUAGAACGCAAAGACUAGUCAGAUUGUUUCGUAUUAGGAAAAUUGGGGUAUGAAUUCAAUUUGAAAAAUAUAUACAAGUAUGUGUAUAUAAUUUUUACCGAAACAGUUUUAAUUGAAAGAAACGCACAACCAAGAUUCAGAAAAAAAAAAUUAGAGAGUGUCAUUUGCAAGAGGAUACUAGUCUUUCUCGAAAUGCCAAUUUUCCCCUUCAGUCAGCUUUGUUUUACUUGAUGGAAAAACUGAUGAAUUAAAUUUUAUCCAGACAAAACUGUAACCCAAGUUCGAAAUGGAUAAAUGGGUGAAACAUUUUAUUUUCUCGUAUUUAGAUUGGCUGGUUGGGUUUAACAGUAGAGAAAACUUGAACAAAGGUGGAUUUUUUCGAACUAGAAAGACGUCACUGAUACAAAGCCUAAAUAAGAAUUUCAAAUAUUUUAAGAAAAAAAAAGGAAAAAAAUCCAAAACAAAAAAACUGAAAACCACAAAUGAAAACCAGAAAUCGGGAGAAUGGAUUGAGGGAUGCAAGCCAAAAACUCAAUAACAACGACCAAUAGAAAGCUGGGGGAAAAAGGAAACUUUGUCCCAAAACAAAACAUUUCGGCUCGUUCCUCGUUGUACAGGUGCUUAAUGGAACCGGCUGUCGGGAACGACGUCGUCUCAAACAAUACGCUUAUUUAACUUUACUGAAACAAUCUGUUCCGAACUUUUUUUAAUUUUGAUGGUUUUUUUAGAGAAAAACUUGUUCAUAAAUUGUUGAAGGACUAAUGAUAAAUAUUCUCAUAUUUAAAAAAAUCUCACCGUUUCCAAAAAAAUAUUUCUCAGCCGUUUCAAAGUUUUUAUUUUUUUCUCACCGUUCAAUUAAUAUCAACAUGAGACCUGAAAAAAAUUCUUUAUUUUUCGAUUUUUUUCUAUCUUAUUUUCGUCAUACUCGGUUUGAUUUUUGUUUUUGCAAAAAGUUAUAUAUAUGUUUUUUUAAUUCCUCGUCGCAUCGUGGUAUUCGAAAUUUUUUUGAAAAAAAUCUGAUUUUUUUAUCAAUGAGCUUUAUAUUUUUUUCAAUUUGGAAGGUUAGAAGCAAAUAUUAUAUCAUUAUUUAAAUCAAGAGUAGUAAAAAGUUUUCGGCAGAGAACGGUACGGAAAGAAGAAACUAAUCAGAAAAAUCAUUUUUGUUACCAGAAACUUUUUGUAGUUUGGCAUACGAUAUUUUAUCCUGUAAAUCAAGACGUUUUUUGACCGAUUUUGAAGCUCAAGCCUCGAGUCGAUGUGACUUGAUGGUAAAUGAACGAACAGAUGUCUACGGAAGAGAGGAACCUUUCAGAAGUUAGAAAGUUCUCACAAUUACGCUUAUCGGCACCUAUAAGAAGGUUGCCCCCAUCAUUCUUGUCACACCUGUCAACAUUUUCGCCGAACUCUGCUCACCUGUUCAUUACCUCAAUGGGAAAGAGAGCCGCCGAAAGGCGUUGCCGCUGGCCCGAGCACUUGAAAGAGAGCGCCAAAGUUGGCACCUUUUGAUGGGCGGCCCAAGCGUCCAAGCCACCGCCUAUUUAUACCUGGCUUCAGAGAGCUUCUUCAUCUCUCACGAUGCUCAGUCCUUCUCGCUCUUCCACCGCUUCCAGCGACGUCUCCUACAUCUACGUUCCCAAUGUCGAUGGAUACGUCGCCGUUCAAAAGGUUGUUCUAAGCUUAAAAAUAUCACAAUAUCUAAAAAAAUCUUCAAAAAAACUCUAGUUAUUUUUAAAUAAUAAUAACAAGAAGCUCUAAAUAUAUUAACGAAAAAUUUUUGAAUUUUUUUAUAUUCACCGUUUUUCUAAAGAACUUGUUGGCUAAACCUUCAGUGUUUUAAACUAACGAAUUCCCAAAAAAUCAGCUACAAAGGGGAGGACUUUAAAGAAUAAAGAAUAAUUCGACAAUUCUCUUUUUGGACUUCUUAAAAGUCCUAAUAUAUCAAUGCGGUUACGAGGCUUAAAUAAAUGCUGAAAGUUUGAGAGUUUCCUGUUCAAUUAAUUUUUCAGUCGCUUUCGACCUCUUCAACGGAAGGAAAUCUCCGGAAGAAGAUUCGGAUCGAAUGGGUUCCCCAUUCAACGGUAAGCUUGUCGAUCAACCUUCCCUUCAACUUUCCCUGACUGAGUUCAAAUCUGAACUUUCAGCCGGCCGCCUUGACCUAUCUGGGCGUCUUCAUCGCUAGUCUGUUGUACACGGCCGCCUGCUUCAUCCGCAACUACGGCGUCCAUCGGAAAGUUCCCCUUCAUCUUCAGGACUGGCUUGGUGUGUUCAAUAUUCCAUUAAAAAAGGGAAUGAAAAUAAUUAAGUCUUGAUUUUUGACUAAAAAAUAUUCAUCAUAUUGCUAUUAAGCCAGCCCGAUGUACUACUUUUUGCAGCUAUAUCGAAAUUCAAUUGAUUUGCAUCUUUUCUAAACGAUGAAAUCAUUCAGAAAAAGCAUUUUUAUAGAAAAAAAGUAUUUUUUAUUUUUUUGAAUCAAAAAUCAAAUUAUGAAUCUCGAAAGUUUAGACGUUAGCUGUUUAUCUCGAGUUCUGGUCGUCCAAUGGCUGGCGGUCCUUCUCGUUUUCUUCUCGGGAAUCGUCAUGUACCGUCGGAUUCUCAUGCCCAUGUACAUUUUCCUGGCGGUUCGUUGAUUUUUCUUCCUCUCACUUUUCAAUUAGUUUCUUCCUUUCCAACUGAAAACUUGGAUAAAAUGCUCGGUUUUCAGCUCAUUGCAACCAACGGAACUCUGGUUCUGUUCAUGAUCGAAUGGCGCAAAGUAUACGAUGGCGUCACCGUUAUUUGUGAGUUUUUUUCGCACCUUUUUUCAAAUUUUCCUUCGCAAAAGUCUUGAAAAGUUAGUAUAGAAAGGACUUUUGCAGCCAAUCCGACUUUCGUGACCCUCGCCGUUCUUCUCGCCUUCGCCGUCCUUCACAACAUCGUCUACCUUCACAAACUCGCUUCUCUGGCUUCUCAGAAAAGGUUUUCCCCCAAUAUAUUUUUGCAUUUCACAGUAUUCUUUCCAGAAAACGGGCAAUGCGACGACACAUAACCAAGCCUCAAUUCGUGACGAUUCAGAAGAUUUGA